GGUUAUUUGAUAUAGUCUACUCAUAUACAGUAAUCUUACUCCUACAAUGCCACAAUAUCUGGUGAUAAAUAGAUUCGAAAAUCAGUUUCAAUCAGUUUCAAUUCUCCGAUAUCUUUUGUAAGUGAAGCCUAAAAAGAUAUCGUGGUAAAGAUAACAAACAGUAAUUCGUUAAUCAUGGGUUUGAAACAUUGUAAAGAAUUUUCCUCUGCAGAUGAUUAUGAAACCGAAAGAUAUAAAUCUACUGAGAAAGGCAUACCACAAAAACAUGAUUACAUAGAAGAUAUAGUAUGCAAAGAAAAUGAUAUUAAUGAAAAUGAAAUGAAAGUGGUGACUCUUGGGAAGAACGAAGCUAAAGUAUUAUUAGUAAAACAAAAAGGAGAAAUACAUGCAGUUGGAACAAAAUGUACCCAUUAUGGAGCUCCGUUGCAUACUGGUGCAUUAGGAGAUGGCAAAGUAAGAUGUCCAUGGCACGGAGCAUGUUUCAAUAUCAAAACAGGUGAUAUAGAAGAUUAUCCAGGAUUAGAUUCCUUGCCAUGUUAUAAGGUAACUGUAGAUGAAGCAGGACUUGUACAUGUCAAAGCAAAAGUUAAGGAUCUAGAAAUUAAUAAACGGGUUAAAGAUAUGUGUGAAUAUGAUGUUAAAAAUCCAAAGACUACUUUGAUUAUUGGUGGAGGUCCAUCGGCUGCUACAUGUGCUGAAAGCUUACGUCAAGAAGGCUUUACAGGAAAAAUCAUUUUAAUCUGCAAAGAAAAUACAUUGCCUUAUGAUAGAGUGAAAGUAUCUAAAGUAUUGAAUUUUGACGUGAACAAAUUUUCUUUAAGACAGCAAAGUUUUUACAAUGAACAUAAUAUUGAAACUAAACUAGGUCGAGAAGCUAUAGCAUUGGAUACGAAUCAAAAUAUUGUUACGCUUGACAAUUCUGAAACAUUAAAAUAUGAUUAUUUAUACCUUUGCACUGGUAGCAAAGCAAGAGUACCUGAUUUACCCGGAGUUAAUUUUGAAAAUAUUUUUGUGUUACGCAAUUACACUGAUUCACAUGCUGUACAUAAAUUAUUACAUCCUGAUAAACAUAUAGUUAUAUAUGGCCUAGGUUUUAUUGGCAUGGAAGCAGCUUCUUAUUGUAUAGAUAAGUGUGCAUCUGUUACUGUUAUAGGACGAGGCAAUGUACCUUUACGUGAUGUUUUUGGUACAGAAAUUGGUAAUAGAGUUCGAGAAGAAUUUGAAACAAAAGGUAUUAAAUUUAUAUUUAAUAAUAAUAUAUCGAAGUUUAUUCCCAAAGAAGGAACUGAUAAUACAUUAGGCAAAGUGGAAUUAUCUGAUGGUAAUAUUCUUGAAGCAGAUAUAUGUAUUAUUGGAAUAGGCUCUACAUUUUAUACGGAUUGGUUAAAAACAUCAAUGAUUAAAAUGUUGGACAAUGGUGGUAUUAUCGUAGAUAAGUAUUUGAAAACAAAUAUAGAAAAUGUAUUUGCUGGUGGUGAUAUAGCUUAUGCUCCAGUAUUAGGCUCUGAUAAUAUUUCUGCUACUAUCGGUCAUUAUGGUUUAGCUCAUUAUCAUGGUAAAAUAGCAGCUUUAAAUAUUUGUAACAAAGAAAAAGCUUUAUAUAGUGUCCCAUUUUUUUGGACUGUUUUAUUCGGAAAGAGUUAUCGAUAUGCAGGAUAUGGACAGUCGGAUAAAGUGAUUAUUUAUGGUUCUUUAGAAAACUUGCAAUAUUUUGCUUAUUAUGUAAAAAAUGAUAAAGUAAUAGCAAUGAGUAGUGUUGGAGCAGAUCCAAUUGUUGCAGAUUUUGCUAAUUUGUUGGCAGAGAAACAAACCUUAACGGAAGAUGAUAUUAAAAACAAUCCUUUUGGAUGGAUGCGUACUAAGCCUAAAGAUGUAGAAACUAAAUUUCAACUAUUACAUAUUUAAUAAAAAUAAUUCCCUCGCUCUUAUAUCUCCUUUUCCUGUCAUAAAAUGAUUAUAUUGUACUUAACAAAAUGUAAAAAGAUGUUUAAAAUAUUACAGUUAAUUUCUAUUAGAAUAAUAACAAUUUUUAGUAAUAAUUUUAAGAAAUAAUUACAAAAUGUAUAAUUUUGUUAUAUAUAAUUUCUACAAAUGGAUGCAUUUAUGAACA